AUGACGGACACCAGGUUCACCUAUUCCACCCUCCGCCGCUUCCUGGCCCGCUGGGGGGUGGAGCACCGGGUUACCUCUCCAUAUAACCCAAGGACCAACGGGCACCCAGAGGCUGCUGUGAAGAUCGUCAAGAAGCUAAUCUCCACCACUAUCAUGGACGGUAGACUGAACUGUGACGACUUCGCACGCGGCCUGCUGGAGCUGAGGAACACACCGCGUGCAAAUGGAAGGUCUCCUGCCCAGCGAAGGCCUUUAGCAGCGCCUCCUGACAAGGACAACAUUCCCGCGCCCCUGCGUCGCUCUGCACGACAGCAACGGGAGCCUCAGCGCCUGACGGUGCGAUGGGACUCACAGACGUACGAUGGCGACGCAUCUUCAGACGACAGGGACUCCUGA